UUCAUCGUCCAGUUGAGCCUUCUACUGGUGGACUAGUAGAUAAAUCUCCAUAUCUCGUCGCCAUAAUUAAUUAAGGAAAAGUCAAUUCCAUACCUGCUAUUGAGUCGUUGCCUAGAUCGAUGUGCAAUGACUUCCCCAAUAUAAUACAUUAGCAGCAAUUGAAAUUUGGGGCACACUACUCCAAUAGAAUUCAUGCAUGGAACCUGCCUUGUUGAUCAGUUCCUCUGUAUCGAUUCUCUUCCUCCUCCUCCUUUGGUUACACACAACUAGAAGAGCAAGAAAUCUGAAACUUCCGCCAAGCCCGCCUGCUCUUCCAGUUCUUGGUCAUCUCCAUCUUCUCAAGCAACCGUUUCACCGCACUCUUCACAAUCUUUCUCAGAAAUAUGGUUCCAUCUUCUCUCUCCAGCUGGGAACCUACUCUGUAAUCGUUGUGUCGUCUAUGUCAGCUGUCGAAGAAUGCUUCACCAAAAAUGAUAUAGUUCUCGCGAAUCGCCCUCCCCUCAUCAUGGGAAAGUACCUGAGCUACAACCACACCACCCUUGGCACAGCCCCCUAUGGUGACCAUUGGCGCAACCUUCGCCGGAUAUGUGCUCUUGAAAUCUUGUCAACCAAUCGUCUCAAUAAAUUUGUAGGCAUCCGAAGAGACGAGAUCAAGAUUUUCCUUGAGAAAAUCUAUCGUGUUUCUAGCCAAGAUUUUGCCAAGGUAGAGCUGAGACCAAUGCUUUCAGAACUAACUUUUAAUAUAAUUACGCGAAUGGUCACAGGGAAGAGAUAUUGUAGCGGUGAGGAUGCAACACAAAUCGAUGAGGCAAACCAGUUUAGGGAGAUGAUAAGGGAGAUUUUUAUAUAUGCAGAGGCUUCAUAUCCAGGAGAUUUCUUGCCAAUUUUACAGUGGUUUGAUUAUCAAGGUUAUACGAAGAAAGUGAAGGAACUUGCUAAAAGAAACGAUGUGCUGUUGCAAGGUCUCAUCGAUGGGCAUAGAAAUGAAAAGGGUAGAAACUCAAUGAUCAGCCACUUGCUUUCUUUGCAGGAAUCGCAGCCGGAAUAUUAUACAGAUGAAAUUAUCAAAGGCCUUGUAGUGGAUAUCGUAUUUGCUGGCACUGAAUCAUCAGCUCUUACAUUAGAAUGGGCAAUGUCCAACCUGCUUAACAAUCCACAAGUGCUUGAGAAAGCUAAGAAAGAGUUAGACUUUGAAAUUGGUCAAGAAAGCUUAAUGGAUGAAUCAGAUGUUUCAAAGUUACCCUAUCUUCAGAGCAUCAUAUUAGAGACUCUUCGAUUGCAUCCUGCAGGUCCACUGCUUCUCCCACAUUUGUCACACAGCGACUGCACUAUACAAGGAUACGAUGUGCCAAGCAAUACAAUAGUAUUUGUUAAUGCAUGGGCUAUACACAGGGACCCUCAGCUGUGGGAUGAUGCAGGGAAAUUUAAGCCUGAGAGGUUUGAAGGAGCUCAAGGUGAGCCCUACAACUCCAAGUUCUUGCCAUUCGGCCUUGGCAGGAGGGCUUGUCCAGGAAUGGGUCUUGCGAAUAGGGUUAUAGGCUUCACUUUGGGAUGUAUGAUCCAAUGCUUUGAAUGGAUGAGGGUAAAUGCUCAAGAAGUUGACAUGACUGAAGGGAUUGGGCUCACAAUGCCUAAGGCUAAGCCGCUGGAGGCCAUGUGCAAAGCACGUGAUAUCAUGAAAAUUUCAUAAGCAGACUUGGGUAUUACAUAUAAACUUUUUAUCUUUACCUAAAUUUGCAUCUGAUCUUUGUCCUCUGCUUUUAGAUCCACAAGGUUUAUUUUGUAACUCUCGAAGAUACAAGAAAGUCUUUAGAUUUGACUCCAUGUGAACUCGGAUAAGAGAUGUGUUGAUGUUAUUCAGGAUGCUUAACAGGAAAGUGGACUAGGGUUUGGUAGUGCAGUGAAGGAUAGACUGCGUUCUUAUACUGUGGAAUUGCAGAGAUGGAUAUGGAUAGAGUUGAGUUGAGUUUCUCUAAUUAUGAUAUGCGCGCCUGUUAUUAUGAUGUUAUGGAUACGUGUGAUUUUAAGAUUGAGUAGAACUCUCUAUUAUAUUUGAGUACUGUAUGUUAAUUGUAUAUGUUGAGUUCUAUGUUGCCCCGUGUGUUGAAUUGAGAGUGAAUUGAGCCCCCCAACGCAAGUGUUUGUUGUCCUUACAUUGCUAAUUCAUAUUCUUGUUGUGGAUCA